AGCAUAUGCAAAGUACGUUUACUAUUUACUUGUUUCAACUCACACCCAAACAACCGAACGAGUAAGGGAGAAGAACUGAAAAAAUCAUGACAUUAAUGUAGUUAUUGUCUGACCUAGAAUAGAAUGUAUAACAUGUGUCGUGUUGUCUGAAAGCUGUCUUUAUAAAUUAAAAUAAAAUCGAAAUAAAAUAUCGUAAAAUUAAAUUAAAAUAAUUAGUAAAAUUAGUGGCAAGUCACAAUGGUUGUGUUGGAAGGUGAUUCCGGAGAUGCUAAACCUGUAACUUCCGAAGAAAGUGAUAAAGAAGUCAAGUCUCCAAGACUGUUAUCAUUAGAAAUAUUCCGCAUAACUAAGGAUGCCCAACAACAGCAUGGGCUUCGCCAUGGUGACUACCAGCGCUACAGAGGAUAUUGUUCAAGGCGUCUCAGGAGACUGCGCAAAGUACUCAAAAUACCGCAGGGCGAUAGACGUCACUACCGUCGUCGUGACGUCACAACGGUGCACUUGACGGCGACAUCAGCCGAGGGCCGUCUUCUUUGCGUGCCCUUACUUCAAGCUGAGAGAGCUUGGGCACAUGCCAUGCAGCUAAGGCAAGAGGCCAAUACGGAGCCUAGAAAGAAGUUCCAUCUAGUCUCCCGACUUAAGAAGGCAUAUGCUCACGCGCAAACUCUUCUGCAGUUGUGCGAGCAAAGUGGAGUUUGCGACGCGCGCACGCAGCUGGAGGCGGGCGCGUACGCGGCGUGGUUGGGCGGCGCCUUACUGGUCGAACUGCAGCAGUGGCGCCCCGCCGCGGAGGCGCUGCAUCGCGCGCAACUUGUGCUCGAGAAACUAUGCGCGGCAUUACCGGAGGACGAGCGUUUGCCAUACAAGCAGAAGGUGGAAGAACUGAAGCCUAGCCUUCGUUACUGCGCCUACAACAUCGGGGACGAGUCUGCGGCUGGUGACCUCGUUGCUAUGCGCGGCCAGGGACUCAUCGAGAACUUGGACUCACUCAUGGCACAAGCUAAGGAGUCUCGCUCUGGUGUGAUGCAUGAAGUGGAAUGGCGCGGCCGCAAGGUAAGCGUGAAGCCCGAGAAAGUGCGACUCUUCCUCAUCGCGUUACAAGACCUUGACAAGUCCGUCGCCAACGCAGACUCCGUCCAGGCCAAGAUCGAUAUCCUCGAGAAUAUUCUGAUGGACUGCAAGGACGCCAUAUCAGCCAUCAAGGAUGAAAUCAAAAGCGACCCCAAGCUGAAGUCUGCUUCCGAGAUCCAGAUGUCUGGCAUCAACUACUUGCUGUCUUACUUGAUGUACCUGCGUUUGAUGCGCACUAUCGACAGGAACAACUUGCUGGUCCAGCAGGCUGAGGAAGCUCGCAAGAACAAUAUACAGAUCGACGGCAAGAAGGUCCGGCCCCAGGACCUGACGAGACUCUACGAGAUCAUCUUGCAGAACUUAACUGAGUUGCAGCAGUUGCCUGGAUUUGAAAACGACGCGGCGUAUCAACAGGAAAUAGAGACAUUGACUAAAGCAUACCGCGCGUUCCGUUGCUACUACAUCGCUCAGGUACUCACCGGACUCCGUCGCUUCAGAGAAGCUCUCGCUAUGUUGGAGAGAUGCAGCAACUACUCCGCCGAGUCGCUCAAUACCAAACUAGAUGACAAGCGCUUGGUUGAGAAGUUGCAAAUGUUGAAGAAGGACAUCGAGAGCUGCAAGUUUGAGGUCCAUGCUGACUCUGUGCUAGAGGAUGAUGAAGAUCAAGAUGAGGACACGAAGUACACGAGUGGCAAGUCUUACAAGGAUAAGAAGCCUCUAGUCGAUCGUUUGGACGAGUACAGGGAAGACACUCAAGUCCUUACGAAGAACCCUAACAUCUACAAAAUGCCACCGUCGAUGGAAGCCAUUCCUUGCAAGCCAUUGUUCUUUGACUUGGCAUGCAACUUCGUAGAGUUUCCGAACCUGGACGAUAAGACCGGCGCAGCAGAUAACAAGAAGCAAGGCGCCGGUCUCACCGGACUGGUCAAAGGAUUCUUGGGAUGGGGUAAAAGUGACAAGUGAACAUAGAUUUAUUUAUACAUUUUCAUUGGUUUUACUAUAUACCAGGAUUUGUUUUUAAAGGUUCAAAUUAUAUACAACAACAAAUUAGUCUCUUUA